AUGCUCGAGUAUAUUGCGACCGUUACGAGACGUAAAUACUACCUGAGGACCGAGCCUAAAGUUAAGAAUCACAUCGGCCCCGAUGUACAUAUCUACCUCUCCCAUUUUCGCUGGGUGCGGGACUGGAAGAACGUCUUUAAGAUCGGGUUGGACCGCCUUGAUGAUGCGACGCUUCGAUACUUCCAGAUGUUCACGGGUGCUCGGCCGCACGAGUUCGUCCAUGCGAGGAUCCCGAAUGACUAUGCUAUCAAAAUGGAAUACCACGAUGAGCUGGAUGCCUUUACCGACACGGACGAGGAGGGCGACGUUGUGCCGCCACAAGGGCCUUGUUGGGUGUGCGGCGAGAACGACGAUAGGACGCACGCAGCGAAGAAGGUGCUGUGCUGGGAGGAUAUCAAGCUGUGGAUUAUCCGAGACCCCUUCAACGACGGUGGCAGAGACCGGCUUGUCAGGUGGAAGCGGGAGUUCAUGCACACCCUAGUCUUUCGACAGACCAUUAAGUCGCUGGAAGGCUACGUGAAGAGUAACGAGCCUUUGCGUAAAGACCAGCUUGAUAACAAUUCAAGAAACCUCGGUCGAGCAGCUGGUCUCCUUGACAACCUCACCAACUAUGACUACCGGCGAGGAAACCUUGAGGCUAUUGACGAUGCAUUCCUCGGUCGUGGUACCAAAUCUCCCUAUCUCGCUAUCUUUAACCAGCUUGGGCUCCAAAUCGAUGAAGAUGCCCCGACGGUAGUGACGGACGAGAUGAUGCGGUUUCUUGGCCCCGGUAUAAAGAUCCUUCGCCUGGACGACAAGGUGGCCACGUUGCGGACAUCUCUUGAGUAG